GUAGUGGGCGUGGCAGGGCACGAAUGAAGAGCAAAGUCGGCAGAAUGACUCCGAAAAAGAGAAACAGCACCAGAAAAACUAUAAAUUUUAAUUAGCGAGUAUCGAUUCAGCGAUAAUAUAUCAGCAGUAAGAUAAAACCGCAAGUGGUCAGGCGAUUUCAAAUCCUUGCAGAGUUUGCAGCUGUCAUAUUGACGCCGAGACUGAAACUUCUACAAGGUAUUAACAAAGCACCUUCAAAAACACAUUUUUUGCACGUGAUUUUUCACUCAUAAUUAAUGCAGAAAAUUAAGAUAAACGUGAAAUUUUAAUCACCUGCCCGAAUCAAUACGUCCUUGAAUUAUUAUUUACUGCCAGCCGAAUUUGACUGUCGAAAAUGGCUGAGCCAACCUUCGGAGUCGAGGACUACCUAGUCUUUGCCCUGAUGCUCCUAAUCUCAGCGGCCAUCGGUAUUUACUACAGGUUCACCGGAGGCAAACAGAAAACCAUCAGGGAGUACCUUUUGGCUGACAAAAAUAUGUCCAUUGUGCCGGUGGCUUUUUCACUGAUGGCCAGUUUUAUGUCUGCUGUCACCCUGCUUGGAGUCAGCUCUGAAAACUACAGCUACGGCACUCAGUUUGUUAUGAUCAACAUUUCCUACGGACUGGCCACGCCAAUCGCUGCCUAUGGGUACCUGCCCGUUUUCUAUGAAUUGCAAGCCACCAGUGCCUAUGCAUACUUGGAAAGACGUUUUGGAAAAGCAACCAGACUGUGUGCCUCUGUUGCCUUUUCCUUCCAAAUGAUACUGUACAUGGGCAUUGUUUUGUACGCCCCGGCUCUUGCGCUCUCUGCAGUGACAGGAAUCUCGUUGCUUGCCUCGAUAUUAUCAGUCGGUAUCGUCUGCACUUUUUACUCCACCAUAGGCGGCAUGAAGGCUGUCCUUGUAACUGAUGUGUUCCAGUCGGUGCUCAUGUUUGCUGCAGUUUACUGUGUUAUCAUCAAAGGUGCCAUCGACGCUGAAGGGUUGGACAAAAUUUGGCAAAUUGCAUACGAAGGAGGCAGAAUUGAGUUUUUUAAUUUCAGCUUUGAUCCAACAGUCAGACACACAGUCUGGUCUCUAGUAAUAGGCGGUGGGUUUACAUAUCUCACUCUCUAUGCUGUCAACCAGGCUCAAAUCCAGCGUCUUCUUUGCGUAAAAAGCCUAAAGAAAUCUCAGCAGGCUUUAUGGCUCAAUUGGCCCAUUUUGACAGCCCUUAGUUUGAGCACUUCAUUCUCUGGUCUAGCCAUUUACUCUCGUUACUAUGACUGCGACCCUUAUGAGGAGAAAAGAAUUGCUUCUAAGGACCAGUUGCUUCCACUCUUUGUGGUCGACACCUUGAGCAAUCUUCCAGGCCUACCUGGACUUUUUGUUGCUGGAAUUUUUAGUGGCUCUCUGAGCACGGUUUCCUCUGCAGUAAACUCUCUUGCGGCAGUGACUCUUGAGGAUUACAUAAGACCCAUCUUGGCCAGAAUGGGGAAGAGCGAAAAGUUGUCGGACAAGAAUUCCACAUUCCUGUCAAAAAUUUUGGUUCUCCUGUAUGGCAGUUUGUGCAUAGGAAUGGCUUUUGUGGCUCAAAACUUGGGAGGUGUUCUGCAGGCGUCGCUGACUAUCUUCGGAGUUGUCGGCGGACCUUUGUUUGGGACUUUCACCCUUGGAAUGUUCUUCUGGAUUUCAAAUCAAGUGGGUGCCAUAUCAGGACUAGCUAUCGGAAUGGCUAUUUCGCUUUGGAUAGGUUUUGGUGGGCCUAAGCCACCCCCACCUUAUUUGCCAGUUAGCACUGAGGGUUGUGAAGAUCCUACAUACAGACUCCUCAGGAUGGCAAACGCCACUACUGCUGCUAUUAAAGAUGAUUCAGAGUAUUUUUACUUGUACCGCCUCUCCUACAUGUGGUACGUGGUGAUCGGCUUUUUUGUCACACUCCUAGUAGGAAUCGUCGUGAGCUUUAUUUACGGCAAAUUGUUCCUCAAAGAAACGCAACUGGUCGAGGCAAAUCUCUUCAGUCCAUUCAUCCAAAGAAUUUUACCCAGAGAGUUUAAAGAGUUCAAAGGUGUUGCAACGAUUGGUUCUUUAGAUAGGGAUAUGCACAAAGUUGGCGCACGUGGCGCUAGAGUCAGCGACGUUGAAACCAGCACCAAAUUUUAGUGAGAAAAUAGUGAAAACAUUCCGAAUUAUAAACCCACCUGAAAAUUGGGUAAACUUUUUACUUUGUUUUAAGUUUGUUUGGAGAUGUUAUAAACUGCCAAAUUAUGCUUUUUACGGUUGUGAUUGUUGGAAAUUUUAUUAAGGUGCUUCAGAUUAGUUAAGAUUUUAUCGGAUAUUACUAUGUUUCCGUUUGAGAGGCUAUUUUUUAAAUCCAUUUUUAGUUUUAUAAUAUGUCAUUUUUGAUUCAUCAGUUCCGGCUCAGGCUUUGUUAUUUAAGUGAGCGCGUCUUUUGACGUUUUUUUAUUAUAGCAGAAUUACUGCUAGUAUUUUUUUCUGCGUAAAUUUGUAUUAAAUUACCCAAAUUUUCUUUCUAAAAAGGUAAACUACAAUGAUGAGAAGUGUUACAAAACUGUUAAACUGAUAUCAAGCAUAAAAAUGCUGUACUGUGUUUUAGAUGCCAAGAGCUUGUAUGUAAUGACUGUUGUGAGACAAUAAUAUUGUGACAAUGCUGAUUUUCAAAAAAUAAAAUGAAGUCUUCCAUUGUGAUUUAGCAAAAAAUAAUUUAAGAUGUUUAAAAAUGAUUGUUACAAAGAAAAUGUUGUUUGAGUAUUCGCCUCGAAGGGCAAUCUAUUAAAACAGUUAUUGGGCUACAAACAUUUGACU